CAGCAGAGGUGACUUGACCGUGGAUGCUCCCUCUCUCCCUCUCUCUCUCCUCCCAUCCCUCCCUCCCUCGCUGCAUGUGGCCUUUGAACCCAUUGUUGUGUCGCGGGUGACGUCAGGGCCGUGUGCGGGAGACGGAGCGGCGUGCGCCUGGCGAGACAAAGGCGGCGGACCGACCGGGGUCAGGCAGCAGCAGCGAGCCCAGAAACACUGUGCGUGCGCGUGUGUUUUGUGUCUAAAGCGGAACCGCGAACGUUGGAUUCCAGCGGCUCGCUCCUCCUGAAGGUACGCAGAGCCGAGACCGGGCGACACACCCCGGGAAUCACGCUUCGUCUCUCCAGAAGAGAGAGAGAGGGGGAAAGAAAACAACAACAGGGCUCUCUUCUCGGGUUUGAACGAUUUUCUCCUUCUCCUCCUCCUCCUCCUCCUUCCCUCCCAACCACCCACUCCACUCCCCCCCCCCAUUUGGCGUGCUAGUUAGCUUACCCGCUAGCUCCCUAGCGCUGCUUCUGGCUGCUUCUCAUCUCCUCCCCUUUGAGGAAAAAAAAACCGGGCGUCACGCGAAGACGGGAUCUCUUCGACAAAGGCAACAUAAAAAGUGGGUGAGCUCACUCCCAUCAGGCACCCGCGAUCUGAUGUGAGAUCCACGCAGACGCACAAUGCCUAGCCCUUUAUUCCACCCCGAGAUCAUGGACCACGACGUGGUGAUCAGCAGCCAGCACGGCGGCGUGGGUCUGCCCCGAGAGACGGACCAGGAGUCCCGCGAGGACGACCACCAAGAGGUGCUUCGCUUCGCCCUGGACCAGCUGUCACUCAUGGCCCUGGAGAAGGUGGACACCCUGGACGGGACCCAGGGACCGGGGUCCGAGGGCUGCAACGGCGUGGGCUACGUGGACCUGCAGAUGCUGGAGCACCCGAGCGGCUCCCAGGGCUCGCCGACGUCCUGCUCUCCAUCCCCGGAGUACUACGGCUCGGGCGGGUACCACAUGGCCGGCUCCCACGCCAUGCUCCACGGGGAACAAAGCUCCGUCCUCUGCAGCAGGAAGCGGAGUGUCAACAUGACCGAGUGCGUGCCGGUCCCCAGCUCGGAACAUGUGGCCGAAAUAGUGGGGCGACAAGGUUGUAAGAUUAAAGCCCUGCGUGCCAAGACAAACACCUACAUCAAGACCCCGGUCCGAGGUGAGGAGCCGGUCUUCAUCGUGACGGGGCGCAGGGAGGACGUGGAGAUGGCCAAGCGCGAAAUUGUCUCUGCGGCUGAGCACUUCUCUAUGAUCCGGGCGUCCCGCUGCAAAGCUGGAGGACCCGGAGGCGGAGGCGCGGCAGGAGCAGCGGGAGGAGGAGGAGGAAACGGCGGCACCGGCAGCGGGACCGGCUCCCUUCCGGGACCACCGCACUUACCCGGACAGACCACUAUCCAGGUGAGGGUCCCCUACAGAGUAGUUGGGUUAGUUGUUGGACCGAAAGGAGCAACCAUCAAGCGCAUCCAGCAGCAGACCCACACCUACAUCGUGACACCGAGCAGGGAGAAGGACCCGGUGUUCGAGGUGACCGGCAUGCCGGAGAACGUGGACCGAGCGAGAGAGGAGAUCGAGACCCACAUCACCCUGAGAACCGGGACCUUUGUGGACCUGCAAGGAGACAACGACUUCCACUCCAACGGCACCGACGUCAGCCUGGAAGGCCUCGGCGCCCUGAGCGGAGGCCUGGGGGCGUCUCUGUGGUCCAGGGCCACCGGCCACCAUUCCGGCCCGCCUCCUCCCCCGUCUUCCCCGCCCCCUUCCGCUAUUCCCAUAGCCAUGCAUCACUCAUCCGGCCGGAAGAUGUCGUCGUCCAUUGCCUAUCACGCUCACAACGGCGGGAUGAGCUCAGACAACUUCGCCGCCGCCGCGCGCAAGGCCAACGAGGGAGGCAGCCCCACCAGCCCGUUUAGCACAGGUUCCAGCAGCGCGGGAGGGGGUUUCACUUUCGGGGGCGACUCCACCCCGGGGCUCCCCUCUUCGGACGAACUGGGCUUUGAGUUCAGCGCCGCUAACAUCUGGGCGCCGUUCAUCAACGGCGGAUCGGGCAACAAGACGGCCGGCUCGGCGCAGCAGCAGCCCGUGCGUCGCAACAGCAGCGGCCUCAGCGGCGGCGCCAUCACCCCGCGGCUGUCUCCGACUCUGCCUCAGGACACGGGCGUGGGCGCCCUGGAUCACCCGCUGGCCCGCCGCGCGCAGAGCGACCCCCUCAGCACCCUCUCCUGGCUGCAGUCCGGCGGCGUCGCGGGCGGCUCCUUCUCGGCAGCGUCCAGCUCCAGCUCCGGCGGCUCGUCGACCGGCUACUCCUCCUGCUCGGCCUCCUCGCUGCCCGGCGGCUCGCCCACUGACUCCGAGGGAGGCGGCAGCGGCGUGGGCCUCAGCUCGGGGAUGCUGAGCCGGCUGAAAGGGAGCUCCGGCCCCGGGGUCCCGGGCCUCGUGGGCGUCGGCCCCGGCAUCAACAGGGACUGCUUUGUGUGCUUUGAGAGCGAGGUGACAGCGGCCCUGGUGCCUUGUGGCCACAACCUUUUCUGCAUGGAGUGCGCCGGGCAGAUCUGCCAGUCAGCUGACCCCGAGUGCCCCGUCUGCCACACCCCCACCACACAGUGCAUCCGCAUCUUCUCCUAAUGCCGCGGCCGGGGAAUGGGGGCAAGAGGAGGACUGAAGUGGGGGCAACAGCCGUGGCAGAGCCGAGGGAAGGAUUCACACUAAUAACGUCCACGCGCGCGAUGAUACGAUACGAAUAUUGCUUUUUUUUUUUUUUCCUCCGCUGGCAAAUGUUAAGAUAAAUAAUAAUAUUAAUAAUUGCGAUGACUUCUUUUCGAAACUGGAUCUGCACACUGUGUGGUCUCUCAGUGAUGAACUUUUGGAAGGAAACUAGUGUCUUAUCUCUCUUCAGGCCUUCAUUGUGACCCGGAGCAGCCGCCCUGCUCGUCUGUCUCCACAUCUCUCCAUUCUGGCUUCUUCAGAUCUCUGCUUUCUGUCUCACAGCCUUUCCUUUUGACACUUUUGUACUUAACAGAUAUUUUUCAAUGGAGCUAUCGAUGAGGCCUGCGAUUUUUUUACUCCGUAUCUUAAUGUCCUUGACCGACCGCAAACCGCUCCAACGGAAGCCUCGGCUCCCCAUCCGCCGCUCGCCCGAGUGGCCGUUUCAGCGGCCCGGUCGCUAUUUUUCUGCAAGCUUGGAACUUUUCGGUCCACGUGUAGUCGGGCCGAUAUCAGAACAAUACGCAGAGGGAACCCUUUCGACGACGACGACUUCCCGUUUUCUCUCUGCCACACAAAAAUGAGCUGCCGAAUGAAUGCCGACAACGGGCAUCUCUUUUUAAAUUGAUCAAAUUCAAUAACGCGUUGGAUGAGUUUAAAAGCGUCCCAUUCAAACUGUCACUGCUGCAUUGAUUCACACGAAUUGUCCCUAAAAUGAGGGGGUGCAAGGUGCCGUUAGUCACACCACAGGAAUGUCUCUGAGGUCAGUUUUCCCCAAUCUCCGCCCACAAUCCCUCUGUUGGCAAUAAUGCCGACUCAUCAGCGCCAUUGUGUGUCGUCACCACGCUAAGAUCUGCUUCCUGUCCUGCUGCCGCGCUCCUUUUUCCCCCUUUUUUUUUUUUACUUACACGCUCACGGUCCCAGUGGAAGACAUCGCUCUGGUCCGUCCACGCCGGGACACUUUCCUUCCGUCUGUUACACUUCGAUCGGCUUAUUUAGCAUUUUUCUACUAGUUUUGGACUCGUGGCUGCCGAGCGUGCGGCUCGCAGGUAUAUUUUGAACUCUUAAGAUAAGACGGGGCUUUUCUAAAUAUCACACAUGAAUGUUUUUGUCCACUUAAGGUCACGGAGAGGCGGCCUCUCUGCCCCACGCGGAGCAGGAGCGAGGGGCCCGUUUGAACCAUUUCUUCUCAUGCACUGUAACCUCUGGCCCCUCUAAAAAGAUAAGAAACGGCUCUUACUGUUUUUGUUUUUGGUCACCAACCCUGCUCUCACAGCCAAGCUGUACGGCACUCCCUCCCCCUCUCUCCCCCCCUUUCUCUCUCUCUCUCUCUCUCUCUCUCUCUCUCAGAUGACACACUCGCAGCCAUGCAGCGCUGUGUGUACUCCUGGCCGACCGCGGUGCACUAUAUGGUUUGUAAGCGUUGUCCUCUUUGUUUUCCGCAGCAUUGUCGAGUAACUCCAGAUGAGGCGGUUGAAUACUGUUUUGUGUUAGUGGUUUUUAAAGAAUUCAGUGUGAGUUUGAAGUAACCGCCUCGAUAGUGUUAAUACUGUACGUAUGACUUGGGCGACGCUGGUGUGGUGGAACACGUUUGUGGCCCUUUUUUUUUUUUUUUUGUACAUGCAUGGAAUCCGCUCAUUGAAUGAGACAAGCCAUCACCACAGAAUUAAAGCGACACAUGUAAUUCUCAAGGGCUUCCUCUUGACUGCACAGACACACAAUCACAUUUUAAGGCUCACGCGCAGUAGGUAGAACUUAUCCUUUACGGCAGCUAGUAGCUAGGUCAUCCAGGGCUUCCAGACACACUUUGUGGUCAAAUCCCAGCAGCUGCAGAAUGUUUUUGCUUCUUUUUUUUUUUCUUUUCUAAUUCAUUAGAUUUUCCAAACUGUCCCCAUACAGUCCUCGCGUUCAUGCCCUGGCAGCAGAGCGUGGGGCACCGCCGUCUCUCCUCCUCUCUGGACGUGGUCUCUGAUCAGGGCGGGUUUUAAUAUCGGGGGUGGCAGCUCUACUUGAGUAUAUAAUGUGUGAGUAAGGGCCGUUCUGGCUGCGCUUUCGUUGUCUCCAGAUGUUAAAGUUAUUUGCCGUCUGACCGUUGAUUUGCUAAGUUAAGUGACGAGGGCAGCAGCAGCUGCACAGAGGAAUCCAAUAAGCCGCUGUCCUGUUGCAGUAAUGCACUAAUUCAUGUGUCCACACGUGUGUAGGAAAAAUCUACCCAGGAGCUGAAACUGGUAGUCUUUGUGAAGACUCUCCCAUGGUGCUUUGGUGCAACUCUCUACUGAAACGAUGCGACCAACCAACCCAGUUAGUAGUAGUGGGGGUGGGGGGGCUCUCAGUGCUCAGUCUAAACCCCCGCAGAGCACAGCAGACCCGAUCAUCACUUCCGUCAGAACUGGCUCUCAGGGCGGCGAACUGAGCGGAUCCGCGUCACCGGUCUAAGGUCGAUCUUAAAAGCCCCCUUUUGAGUCGCCGUGUCAGAGGAAUCGAGCGUGUUGUAUUUGCCAGAUGGGACUAAUGUAAAUCCGUGUGUUGCACUGGGAAGUUUCUGGCCAAUAAGAAGAUGGUAGGGUUUAAUGUACAGUAGUUUAAUUGUUUAAAAGGUACAGAGUUUUUUCAGAUUGACUGCUGAUUUUUAUUUUAUUUUGAGCCAAACUCACCCCUCCCCCAUUUCCUUCCACAAGGUUUGAAAACAGGGUUUCCUGAGGCAUGCGAGCCAGUGACCUCUGACCUUUUUAUUGUGAUUUGAGGAGGGGGGAUGCAGAGAGAGCCCUGCUAGUGAGGGGUGACACCCCUUGAGCCGCAGCUCUUCUAUUUUUGGCUUUAAUUCUUUGUAUGCAGAACCAAAAUGUAAAACGUUGACAAUAGGUUUCAGGCCUGACGUGUGUGUGUAAAUACCCGGAAUACAAUCAUUGGGAUCUUGUUUUCAAAAGCAAAUGACGUAAAUGAAGAUAAGUGUAGUUUCUAAAGAACAUGUAUCAUUAUUUGUAAGUUAACCAUCUGCAUGUCUUCAAGCCAUCUGGCAUUAGCUAAUAAUUUUUAAGAUAAAAAAACAAAAACUUUUUACACUUUAUUUUUUACAAUUUAUUUGCUUACCUAAAUAUCCCAGACAAUAAUGUGACCCUUUUUAUUACUUCAAAUUUAUUUUUAUUUUCCAUUAUUUUUUAUUUUCCUUAUUUUCUGUGUACUACAUAUAGGCAAUUUAUAACAAAAUGAGAAAAUUAUUGAAGAAAUUUUAAAAUUGAAAUAUAUUUUAUUUGAAAGUUUAUGGACCUUUUAACCAAGAGCCAGAAAAAUUGUAUAAUCGUAUAAUUUGAGCUGACUUGACGGUUAUGAGAAAUGUAUCAAGAGUUUUAUUUUUUAUGCUUCUUUAAUAAAGUCGUUUUUGGUUUCAUUUUUUUACUGUAAAAUA